AUGAACCGAGACAUCAAACAGAUUAAAAGUCUUGUACAAGCCAUAAAGUUUACUACACUCGACUAAUAAAGGUCCACAAUCCCGUAGAAGCUAUUCUCCUCACAGGUAGUGGCUGUCUAAGGAUAGCCCAUCCAGACAGGAAAAUGAAAAGAACUGCACUCAUAUAUUAUUGAAGGGCAGAAGUGCCUUCACAGAUAUCAUGACACUUGAAGACCUUCUGGAGAAGUAUAAUAAUUAAUCCCAUCUUUCAUUCCUGAAAGCUAUGGAUUAAGAACUUGCCUCAAGUGAGACAUUCACAUUUCCAUGAUGGUCCUGUUUCUAGUUUCAGCAGCUUUCAUUACAAACAGUUCCUCUCAUGGAAAUCUGACCACAGAGUCUCCAGCUUCUCAGGGCUCACAUGUCUUAGCCUCAGGACUCAUCACCUCUGUCCUCCUCAUCAUCUUUCUUCUCUUCGUCGCCUACGUUCUGAGGCUUAGAGAACAAAGGAAGGACCUUGUCGCCUCAGUUGACAAGAAGUCGCCAAAUGGCUUUUUGGAAGAUCAAGAACAAACGGUGGUACUUCUCCCCAGAUCACCUUCUCCAUCGAAGCGUUAUUUCCCCAUCCCGCUUGACUCCCUGGAGGAAGAGUUUCGUCUACGCUUGGCAGACGAUGGCAAACUCUUCAGAGAGGAAUUUAACUCUUUGCCUUGCGGUUUUGGCUGUGGAACCUUUGAAGAGGCAAGCAGAGAGGAGAACAGAGAAAAGAACAGAUAUCCCAAUAUUCUGCCCUAUGAUCACUCCAGAGUGCUGCUGUCACACAUAGAUGGAUAUAUGGGCUCAGAUUAUAUAAAUGCUUCCUACAUAGAUGGUCACAGAGAAAAGAGCAAAUUUAUUGCAGCUCAAGGUCCGAAACCAGAGACAGUGGGGGAUUUUUGGAGGAUGGUUUGGGAACAGAAAUCUGCUACUAUAGUCAUGUUGACCAACACAAGAGAGAGAAAAGAGGAAAAGUGCUAUCAGUACUGGCCUGAGCAGGGCUGCAGGAUCUACGGCUGUGUGAGGGUGACAACGGAAGAUGUCACAGUGCUGGUGGACUACACAAUCCGGAAGUUCUGUUUACAGCAUCACGCUGCUGAUGGCUACAGGCCUCCGAGACUGGUUACUCAGCUGCAUUUCACCAGUUGGCCUGAUUUUGGUGUUCCACUGUCACCUAUUGGCAUGCUCAAGUUUCUCAAGAAAGUUAAGAGUGUGAACCCGGCCCAUGCUGGACCCAUCAUAGUGCACUGCAGUGCUGGAGUUGGCAGGACUGGGACGUUUGUCAUGAUUGAUGCCAUGAUGGAUAUGAUGCACGCUGAAGGAAGGGUGGAUGUCUUUGGCUUUGUGUCUAGAAUAAGAAAGCAGCGAUGUCAGCUCAUUCAGACCGAUAUGCAGUAUUCAUUUAUUUACCAGGCACUUUUGGAGCAUUAUCUUUAUGGCGACACGGAGUUAGACGUCGCAUCGCUUGAGGGCCACCUACACAAACUACACAACACACACGCUCACAUGGACCGUGUUGGUCUGGAGGAGGAAUUCAGAAAGCUGACCAAUGUCCGCAUUAUGAAGGAGAACAUGAGAACCGGAAAUCUGCCUGCCAACAUGAGGAAAAAUAGAGUUUUACAGAUUAUCCCAUAUGAUUUCAACAGGGUAAUAUUAUCCAUGAAAAGAGGACAGGAAUUUACAGACUACAUUAAUGCGUCUUUUAUAGAUGGUUACAGGCAGAAGGAUUACUUCAUAGCAACUCAGGCACCUUUGGCUCAUACAGUGCAGGACUUCUGGCGUAUGGUGUGGGAGUGGAAGUGCCACUCUAUUGUCAUGCUGACUGAGCUAAAGGAGAGAGAGCAGGAAAAAUGUGUACGUUACUGGCCAGCAGAGGGCAGUGUAUCAUUUGGAGAGUAUGUGCUGGAGCUGAAAAGAGAUGUGCUGUGUGAGACUUUCAGCAUCCGAGACAUGCUGCUGUCUUAUGCACCAGAGAAACAGACUCGUCUCAUCAGACAAUUCCACUUCCAUGGCUGGCCAGAGAUUGGAAUUCCAGCCGAUGGAAAGGGAAUGAUUGACAUUAUUGCUGCAGUGCAAAAGCAACAGCAGCAAUCUGGAAAUAACCCUAUAGUGGUGCAUUGCAGUGCUGGCGCUGGUCGGACCGGAACCUUCAUCGCCCUCAGCAACAUUCUGGAGCGAGUCAAAGCCGAAGGUUUACUGGAUGUAUUUCAGACUGUGAAGAGUUUACGCACUCAGAGGCCACAUAUGGUCCAAACUGUGGAACAGUAUGACUUCUGCUACAGAGUGGUUCAAGAUUUCGUCGACAUCUACUCUGACUAUGCUAAUUUCAAAUGAGUGCAUCUUAUCAUCACACAUUAAUAUUAUAUUUAAACUGAAAGACAAUAUUACUGUGGCUUAGUAACACUCCAUGCACUUGACAUUUCCUUUUUUUUGUUAUUUACAUGCGGUAAGGUCAUAUGUGGGAUGUAAUAUCCAGUGGCUUAACCAUGUCAAGUCUUUUGUAUUACAUUUUUGUUACUUUUUGGCCGAUUUUUUGAAGCAUAUUUCAUUUAAAAAUUAUCACUCAUCACAUGAAUUUCUGUUUUUGAAUAAGUGUUAUGCAUUCCAUGUUCAGUGUUCCAUCUAUUUAGCUGCUGCUUGCCUCCCAAAACCCUUUGCAUGAUGAUUUGUGUAAACUACUGUACUAAAAACAAAUAGGAUGCUUCCAAAUUUGAAUUCUAGAAUGAUUUUGGUCUCAUCACGCUGAUUUGAAUCUGCCCUGUAAGUUAUUUGUACGAUUUAUAUACUUUUCACCUGACUCUUGUGUAAUGACUGAUCUCAACCACAUAACAAACCUUAACUUGGCUUUUAAGUGUUUGCAAUAAUGCACAUUUAUACUUUUCAAGCUGAGCAACCAGUCAAGAUAAGGUUGUGACAGAUAUUCAGUUUGAGAUCUUUCAGGUUCCUAUUUUUACUUUAUGUCUGGCUCACAAUAAACACAAUAUCUAUGAACAUGAUUAAGUAAAUAUGUUUAAAGAAUUGUCAGGUAGCAUUGUGCUUUAUUUGGUAACAAUAAUCAUUUUUAAAGACAUAGUUAUGGUUAUCAUAUGUAAUAUGACAGAAUUUGUUGACAGCAUUUAGCCAACAAUAAAGUAAAGUUAAUAGAUAAAAAGAGAAAGUUGGAUAAUUGCUAAUUAUAAAGAAACAAUGUUUUCAUUUCGAUAAACAUUUAGUAAUAUCCACACAAAGACCUUAAAAGUGGUUUCUGUCUGCUUGUUUAUACUAUAUAUGAUCAGAGAUAAAAGAAAGUUUGAACUACCACAGCAGUAUACUCCUACAACAGGGGGAUACAUUGUGAGGAAGUGAAAUAUGAGAACAAAUGCCUUAAUCCCUUCAU